GAGGAUGAAGACUCGGAUGACGAUGAUGAUAUUGAUGAUGAUGAUGAUGAUGAUGAUGUUGAUUCGGAUGAUGAUGAUGACGCUGAUGAUGAUUCGGAUGAUUAUGAUGAUGAUGAUGACGAUGAUGAUUAUGAUUCGGAUGCUGUUGUUGAUGAUGAUGAUGAUGACGAUGAUGUUGAUAAUGAUGAUUCGGAUGAUAGUGAUGACGAAUCGGGUGUUGAUGACUCGGAUGAUCAUGAUGAUGUUUCGUAUGACGAAGAUGAUGAUAAUGAUUACUUUGUGGAAGUUGAUGAUGAUGUAGAUAAUGGUGAUGUUGAGGAUGAUGACGAUAAGGAUGAUGAUGAUUUUGAUGAUGAAGAUGAUGAUGAUGAUGAUGAUGAUGAUGAUGAUGAUGAUGAUUCGGAUGAUGAUGAUGAUUUGAUGAUGAUGAUGAUGAUGAUGAUGAUGAUGAUGAUGAUUCGGAUGAUGAUGAUGAUGCUGAUGAGGUUGAUGAUGAUGGAGACGAUGAUGAUGAUGAUGAUGAUGAUGAUGAUGAUGAUGAUUCGGAUGAUGAUGAUGAUGAUUUGA